AUGCCUUCUUUGAAACCCAUCGUCCUUUAUACGCACGGAAACGCCCCGAAUCCACUGAAAGUGGCCAUCAUUUUGAAGGAACUGAACGUCCCUUAUGAGAGCGAAAAUGUUCCUUUAGAUGAAUUGAAACAGGAGCCCUUUGAGUCAAUCAACCCCAACGGCCGCCUUCCUGCAAUCAAAGACCCCAACACUGGCCUGACAGUUUGGGAGUCUGGUGCUAUUGUGGAAUAUCUGCUGGAAAAAUACGACCACAACCUCCGUCUCAGCUUUUCUCGAGGCUCGCCAGAAUAUUUCGAAGCGAAACAAUGGCUCUUUUUCCAAGUUUCCGGUCAGGGCCCUUACUUUGGUCAGGCUGCCUGGUUCACCCUCUUUCACCCAGAAAAGAUCCAAAGCGCCAAAGCUCGUUAUGUCAACGAAAUUCGUCGUGUCACCGGAGUGUUGAACAGAGUUUUGAAAGACAAGAAGUACCUCGUGGGCGAUAGUUGCAGCUAUGCUGAUAUCUCAUUCUUGCCUUGGUAUGGAGUCGUACCAAAGCUUUUUACAGAGGAGGUCAAGUUGGAGGAGGAUUUCCCGCAUGUAUCACAGUGGCUUGAAAGAAUUCAUGGAAGGGAAUGUGUUCGGGAGGCAGUGGAGGAGUUUGCCAGGAAUGCUUGA